AUGGAAGUGCAAUUCGAGGAGAGUUCUAUUACAACAAACCUUGUUGAUACUCACAUUUUACGGAUUGAUACCCCCUCAUUUCAGGAGGAACCAAAUCUGAAUCUGAAUGAGAACCUAAAGAAAUUUUGGGACUUAGAGUCGGUAGGUAUUCGUUAUAAUGAGCCAUCUAUUUACGACAAGUUUGUCGAGGAUAUUAGAUUUAAUGGCACGAGAUACGAAGCAAAGCUCCCUUUCAAGGAACAUCAUCCCACGAUCCCUGAUAACUACAUGUAUGUCGUCAGCGUGAAGAGACUGAGAAGUCUAGUCCAUAGUCUUCAAGACCAACCGACACUUUUAACUGAAUAUGAUAACAUAAUUCAGGAUCAAAUUGAGAAGGGGAUUGUGGAGCCAGUGGACCGCAAGAGCUUUGCAACACUUGGAAAUGUGCAUUACUUACCCCACAGAGAAGUUGUACGAAACGAUAAGGAUACGACAAAGGUUAGAAUAGUAUACGACGCGUCCGCCAAGAAAAACGGACCAAGUUUUAAUGACUGUUUGUAUGCAGGGCUUUCAUCAACUCCACUCAUCUUCGAUAUCCUUCUGCGUUUCCGUGUCCACCCUAACGCGAUGACAGCUGAUAUAGAGAAGGCAUUUUUGAACAUAGCGAUCGCUCAAGAACAUCGUGAUUUUCUGCAAUUUCUAUGGAUAACUGAUCCACAUAGCAACGAACCGAGUAUCAUCCCACUUCGUUUUACUAGAGUGGUGUUUUGCGUUACGUCGAGCCCGUUUAUCCUCAAUGCAACCUUUCGCCAUCAUGUUAGUCAAUACUUGCGCGAUGAUCCUUCUUUUGUUUACGAACUGCUACGAUCCUUUUACAGUUUUACGUCGACAACUACGCAUCUGGUCACGAUUGUGUAUCUGAGGCGCUAA